GUGGAUCAACGAGGACCUACUGGCCAUUUUAUCAAACACCAUGACGCAUCCGCACGCCAAUCAAGAAGCUCUCAAAAUCAUUCUCACGAAGUUGAAUCGUCUAGAGCUUCGUUUCGAUGAAAUUGACGGCAGGCUAGGUGCCAUCGAAUGCUCUGUGGUAUCUGACGCCAGCACUAGCCUUCCAAGCAGCCCUCCGACCCGACAAUCCGUAUCAAGCUGCAUAUGUACACUCUGCGAUAUUCCUCGGCCGCUUUUCCAAGAGAGUGACACCCCUCGUCAAUGCUCUGCUUCGACAUACAGAACUUCGGUUGAUAGACUACGCCGUCGCUUUGAACUCGACGCUUGCUCCGAAUUGGCUCCUAGAAUCUCAGAGGAGAAAGAAGUCAUCUCUCGCGAAACUGAUGUGGAGGGGAUAAUUGACGACAAUUCUGAUGCUCAAUCAGUAUCAGCUUACCCUUCUCGUUCGGUAUCACUCUUCUCUUUUACCCCUCGCGAAGCGAGUUUGAGCCGCGAUGCUCCCGAUGUUCCUUCUCUGCGAUAUGAAGACUUGAUGAUUCAUGCCGAGCAGAUUUCGUACUCGGAAUCAAGUCGGCGGAGCAGAAGGAGCUCAACAACUGGAACAUUCUCAGAAUCGUACGACUCGCCUAGCACGGCUCGGACUUCAUUCACUCAGGGAUCAUGGGCUGGCAGCAGGCGAAGUUCAACCACCGAUACUUUUAGCAAGAUGAGGGGGUCUCUUCGACGCGUAGGUUCCCUGAGACACAGGGAAGACCUAAAGACAGAGAACAGGAAUGGAGAUACUCUAACAGGGACGACACAAGACCCGUCUGUUGCUGCAAGAACAACUUUCCUGAGUCCUGGGGAACGAGAAGACGUCUUGCAUGUAUAUCAAAAGGCACAGAGAAGUGCUAAAGCGUGCGUCGCCUUUGGCCAAAGGUUCGUGUACAGAGUAGGAAAACGCAUGGUGAACAUGUCAGCAAUCGAAAAAGCUUGA